AUGGGCUGCGGCGAGAAGGAUGAAAACAGAGAUCAUUUGUACUACACAUGUCCCUAUACAUUUACGGUCUGGAUGACUGUUGCAGAAAGGCUUCUAGGUGCAGCUAUCACACCGGAUUGGGAUGAUACUGUCGUAUCUCUCUUGAGUACGACAAGGAGUAGACUUGACACAGUAAUUCUUCGGCCAGUAUUCCAUACAUCAAUUUAUGUGAUCUGGAAGGAAAGUAACUCUAGGAGACAUGGAGGUGCUUGUGCAUUUGUGGAAGCGACUUCUAAGGGCAUUGGGAAAGUAGUCAAAAAUGACAUCUCCUCUUUGAAAUACAAGGGUAAUCACAAACUUGAGGGUCUGCUACAAAGAUGGUUUGCUGUCAACUCCAACUAG